GCUGGAUUGAUAAAGCAGGCAUAACUUAAAAACAAGAAAGACAAAAGGUUACGAAAUAUCCUAUAAAGGAAAUAACAGGAAAAAAUAUUAGUCCAAAAGGCAAAGUGCUUAUGGAAGGAAGAAACAUCACAGAAAGCUCUCAUAGCCUAACAAGAAACUAGGGGAAACUUUCUUGGGGGAAAGAAAACGAUUCCCCAAAAAUUUUCAGACAAAAUAAGAACCAAGAACACAAAAAGGAAUCACAAGACCAAGAGAUACAAGUUGUGGAAGUGUAGAACUGAGCUUUGCUGUAGCGAUUUUCGGUAGGGAGAGGCUUGGGAAGAUGAUAUCAUCCUUUGCGACACCGUCUUCUUCUUCGUCUACGACUUCUCCGGCGUCGUCAGUGGUGGUUCGAGUGGAGAAGGCCACAAGCGAGCUACUGAUCGGUCCUGAUUGGACUUUGAAUAUUGAUAUUUGUGAUACCAUCAAUUCCAACCAUUGGUUAGCCAAAGAUGUUGUGAAAACUUUGAAGAAAAGGCUGCAGCACAAGAAUCCUACAGUGCAGCUACUUUCUUUAACGCUUCUAGAGACAAUGGUGAAAAACUGUGGCGAUAUUGUGCACUUUCAAAUUGCAGAGAGAAAUAUACCGCAAGAUAUGGUCAAAACUGUAAAGAAGAAGACUGAUAUGCAUGUGAGAGAUAAAAUCCUUGGCCUACUAGACUCUUGGCAAGAAGCGUUUGGUGGUCCAGGAGGGAAAUAUACUCAGUAUUAUUGGGCGUAUGAUGAACUCAGGCGUUCUGGUGUACAAUUUCCUCAGCGCACUUAUGACGCGGCUCCAAUUCUUACUCCACCUAGACAGCAUCAACCAGGUUAUGGAAUGCCAAGCAAUUCUUCAACAAGACUUGAUGAAGCCAUGGAAGCUGAGAUGGAAAGUUUGAGUUUAUCAACCAUUAGCUCAAUGGGGGAUGUUGUUCAUCUCUUGGCUGACAUGCUGCAAGCUGUGAAUCCUGGUGAUCGUACAGGUGUGAAAAAUGAAGUUAUAGUUGAUCUUGUUGACCGCUGCCGUGCCAGUCAAAAAAAACUAAUGCAGAUGUUGACUACAACCGGGGAUGAAAAGCUUCUAGCACAGGGUCUGGAAUUGAAUGAUAGUCUACAAAGUGUGCUUGCAAAACAUGAUGCCAUUGCUUCUGGUGCCAGUGCAUUCCCAAGCUCAGUCUCAGCCACCAUUAAUCAUCAGCCAUCAUCACCGGAGCCUGCCACCCCAAAAGUAGCAGAAAAUGCUGCGGCUGCGACUGCACCUGACACUAAACAACCCUCUUAUGAUCUUGUUGCCCAACCCCCCAUACCUAUUUUAGACGAAGAAGAAGAAGAAGACGAUGACUUCGCUCAGUUGGCUAGAAGGCAUUGUUCGAAAACAGCUCAAGUUCAGAUGAAUGGAACGGCAGUGUUCUCAGAUUCAGCAGACAUGAGCAGCAGUGCUUUGGUUCUUUGUGACCCGCCAGAACCAGUGAAAACCAAAAAAGAGGAAGAACAAGAUAUAAUCAACGAGCUCUUGGGGAGCUUAACCUUGGCAACAACUGCAUCUUCUCCACCACGUGCAGCACAUACUCAACAAGAUCACGUUCACCAUACACCCCUUUCUCCUAUUGGCAACCAAGAGGCCGAUUCAGGGGCAGCAGCCUUCAACAACUAUGUAGCUCCUUGGGCUAAGCUGCCGCCGCCACACCAGUCCCAACCUGAUCCUCAUCAUCUAUACUCUCACUACUCUGCUAGUGCUUACCCACCUCCACCUUGGGCUUCAACUCCCGGUUAUUUGAGCAGUAACCGAUCAACUUACACCCCCCACUCAACUCCUCCUCCGGUCAGUGCCAACAUUGGAAAUCCAGUCCAAGCAGACGGAGGAAUCAAUGCUAACGAUGCAGGUGGUGCACGGAUUUCAUCAACCCCCCAGCCAGCAGCAAAUGCACAGAAAACAUUUGUUCCCUCAUAUAGGCUGUUUGAAGAUCUAAAUGUUUUCGGUGAUGAAAACCAGAAACUCAAGAUGACGAAUAACCCUUCGGCCCGUAUGUCUGGAAAGCAUACAUAAUUGCAUCACUCUCAAGUCUCAACUGAACAACUCACAUACUCAUCCCAUCAGCCAUAUAUAUAUAUUCUUACAAUGGCUGGUGGCUGUCUAUCCUUAUAUGAUACUGUCAAUAUGUGAUGUGUACUGUGUACAUGGAAAUGCAAUCCUUCUUUCUGCAACUCUUGGAUUUGUUUUUAAUUUUGAUUGGAGGAAGAACUGCCUAUUAAGAAGAUUGAUCUGGUUUCUGGCAUGUUUCCAAGAUAUGCUUGUAAAAUGCUUAUAUUAUUAGCCGAGUAGUACUGAAGAGG